AUGGCGGGGGUCAGCGAUGUUGGAUUCUCAGGGUCGCGAUAUACAUGGUGUAAUAACAGAGGGGGGCAAGCUUGCAUUUGGAAUCGGCUAGAUAGAUUACUUUGUAAUCCUAAGGUGGCUCUAUUGGGGAUGAGUAUGUCGGUUCAGCAUCUAGGCAGAGAGCCUUCGGAUCAUGCCCCUCUCCUUGUUUCGGCUUCGACUAGACUGGAUAAUAAGCCUAAACCUUUCUGUUUUUUAAACGUCUGGACAUCGAAAGAGGAUUUAUUGGAUGCAGAGGAGGCAGUAUUGGUGGCAGAGACAGAUUUUGAUACUGACCCCUCACAACGGCAUUGGUUAGCCUUGCAGGAAGCCCAUGCGGUAAUGCGAAACUCACUAAUCAAAGAGGAGGCAUAUUGGAAGCAAAAAGCCAGGAUCAAAUGGCUCCAGGAUGGGGACAAAAAUACAAAGUUCUUUCAUGCUGUGGUUGCGGAAAGAAGAUCCAAGUCAAUCAUACACCGAAUCAGGAGCGUUAGAGGGGAGUGGUUGACAGACGAAGAGUAG